UGCAAUGUAAUAUUUUGCAACAUUGCAAAUGUAACUUUCAAAGAGAUUUCUGAAAUGUCUCAACUGAUAAAUGCGCGCGCAUAUCAUAUAUUAUUGCAAAAUCAAGCCGUACUGCGCUGCGAUCUACCGCGCGCGUGAUCGAUGCCUAUAACCUAUAACCUUGUAAACGUUGAACUGCGUUGAACAAAUAUAUUUUAUCUGCGUUUUGACGUGCGGCGGGAUUAAGUGUUAAGUGUGUGUGUGCAACCAUUCGAAAUAAGGCAAGACAAAGUCUUUUUGGAUACAAAAGAAUCACGCUUACUGGUACACGGUCAUAAAAAAAAGGUGGAUAUAGGAUUGGCGAAAGAAGAUCCUUCUUAGUGGUGAGACAUUGUUUCAAUGUUAUCUUUUAUUAUUAUUUCCUUUUGCACGAUUCUUAAAUACACAGAAAAAUAUAUUUUAAACAAUUAUUUUAUAGGCGAGGAGCAGUUUUGAGAGCAAAAGCAUAUGUUAUGCGUUUAUGAUUAUGUAUCUAAUCUAAUGUGUCUGUAUGAGUGUCCUGAAUUAAUUGAAGCUUGGGGUAAUGAAUUUGAAGCUUUGUAUACCAGAUAUGAAAAAAAAAACAGGUUCUCUCAUCUGUAUUGUACGUCUCGAAGACAAAUUAAAGCCAGAGAGUUGAUGAGGCUUUUCAUUAUUCAAAUACAAUUCAAAACAGGAGUGCCAUAUAUAGUUUUUAAAGAUCAUUGUAAUCGCACAUCAAACCAUCAGAAUCUGAGCACAAAGCUAUAAACGAACUCAACGUCCAAAUUUUUGAGACUUUAUUAUGGCGCUUUAGAAACAAGUUGCGAAAUAAUUACCGAGAAAGGUCCUUAUGAGUCAUAUAAAGGCAGUCCAGUUAGUAAAGGUGUAUGUAUCUAAGAUAAAUAUUUUUCAAUUAUCUAUUAAUUGUUAGGAAUUAUUUACAUCUGGAACAUGUAAAAUUCUUUUUGUACAUUUUCUAGUACGACAUGUGGAAUGUGAAACCAACAAAUUUAUGGAAUUUUGGAUAUUUUGAAGGUAAAAAUUGCUAAACACGGAGUGCGCAAUUCUUUGUCGGAUAGCUUCAGCUCAUUUUUCUUCAGUUUAUUUUCUCCUGAACUCUAUUGUGAGUACUACAAUGAUCACUUAAAAAAAUUAUCUAUAUU